AUGACUGCAAGAGUCGUUACAAACCUGCAUUUUCCUCGUAUCAUAACACUAUAUAUCUUUUCAGAUUUAUCCAAAACUACCAACUUGAGGUCUCAGCUUGAUGGACAGCUAAAUGAAAACAAAGUAGUUCAAGAGGAACUGGAUUUGAUAGAUGAUGAAAGUGUGGUCUUCAAGUUGAUUGGGCCAGCCCUCAUUCGCCAAGAUUUAGAAGAGGCUCGACAGAAUGUCAACAAGAGAGUUGAAUACAUCACACAAGAAAUUAAACGCCACGACAAUACAAUGGACAAAUUAGAAAAGGAUGCAGAUGCCAAACGAGAAAGCAUUGGUAUGCUUCAGCAGCAAAUGCAGCAGAUGAUAAGGAAACAAAUGGGAAAAUGAAUUAUAAGAAUAAUGCUUUCCCUGAAAACAUUUGUUUUAAAUUAACUUGCUUUCCCUUGCUCGCCUAUAGAGCAGUGUGUGGAAUCAGUGACAUGAAGAAAUGUCAUUAAAAAAUCUUGCAGUACCCUUCCGAUGCAAGUUUCACAUUUUCAGCCUUUAUGGUUUUGAUACAGUAUAAUAAAACACUUGCCUGUCAUUUGUAGAAUAAAAUGCAUGUUAAAUUAAAACCAGUACUAUAUGUAUAUCUUGUAUAAUGCAAUCAUUUCAUCACAGAUUUGAAGUUUUAUUAUGUAAUCUGAUGAUUUUCCUGUUAACACUAGUAUUUACAGGUUAUGUUCCUACCACCUCGUGUAUCAAAUGCUCUAUUGCCAUUAUGUUAUGAAUAUUUUCGUUUUCUA